AUGAUACUAUCAAUUGGUGGAACAACUUCUACUACACUACAACAACCUUUUCCAGAACUAUCUCAAAGAAAUAAAAGAAGAAUAUUAUCUAGUGGUUCCAAAUUCAGAAAUAGCCAGAGACCAAUCUCUAUGGAUCUACGAUCUUCUUUAUCAUCAUCAGAAAAAAGUAAUGAUAAGCAUGCCAAUCCAAUUUUAUCAUCUUUAUCUAUUAUUAAUCAUUCAUCAUCACAUAACAGUCGGCACAAUAACAAUCAAGAAAAUAAAAAACAACCAAAGAAAAGUAUGAGUGCAACAAAUUUAAUGAAACGUGCUAAAACAAUAAAUAGUUUUGAUCAACCAGUACCUGAAUUUUCACCACCAGAAUCAUCACAAACAAAAUAUCAUAGACUUUCUGUCAAGUUCCUUAUAAACCCAAAAACAAGUCAUGAAUUACGUAAAGAAUUACAUAAAAUAAACGAAGAAUAUAAGAACGAACAAGAUAGUUGGAAAGCUGAAAAAAGAAGACUGAAAAUGACAAAAGGUACAAAACAAGAAGACCUUGAUCAUACGAAAAGAAAAUUGAAAGAAAGCACUGAAAAAUAUAAUAAAAAAAUUGAAAAAUUGAAUAAUUUAUUUCAACAACAAAUUAGCAUUGGUAAUAAUAGCAAUAAUGGCCAUGGUAAUGAUAGUAAGGGAGACAUUGGCAGAGAAAUUAUUAUUACAAAUG